AUGGCGCUUAACCGAGAUAAGGAAAUUGCGUCUCUGAAAAAGGUUUUCAAAAAGCUUGCACACAAGGGGCCGUUAUCCUCGUCGUACAUGCUUCCAGUGAAGUCUGUCUUUGGCUCCUCCAACUGCAUACUGGAGAUCAAGGUGCCGCGGGGCUACCCAGACAAGGAUGUGGAAAUCAAAAUGCUUAACCCAAUGCCUCACGUGUGGGCCAACAGCUACGGCGUCAUAACAUGCCCGGACUGGCUUCGGAAAUUGCCGCUGGUGUAUGUGGUGGAGGCCGUUCUCACACAGUUCGAUGGCUAUAACAGCAGCGCGGCUGCUGCUGCGACGGCACCUAACCCGAAUCAACACCAUGUCGCGCAGCCAGUUGGCCAACCCCAUACCGGGGUCGCAGCCACGGCGCACAACCCGAAUGACGGUCCCGAAGGAGGGUCUACCGGAGCAAUGCGGACAGAAGACAAUGACCACGACGCAUCGUCAGUAGGUGAUACCACCCCAAAUGUGGCCGCUGAAAGCUCCACCAACGUCGACGAACGGAUGCUGAGGGUCUGCCGCAAUCCCCCGACGGGGGUGUUUCAGACACUGCUGAGCGCCGACAGGGAGGAGGUAAUGAGCAUGCUCUCCAACGAGGACACACGCUGGAAGAUACUCUACAGCUGCCCGCAAUUGGCGCCGAUGCUCGCGGAGCUGCACCAGCUGCUGGAGGAAAACGAGGCCGCCGCCCUCGCGGUCAUCGCCGCCGUCAACAAAAAGCAGGACCGCCUGAAGUCAAUCGAGGAGAAAAUCAAAACGAUGGAAACCAUGGAGGUCAAACCUGCGGAUGCCACGAAAAUGCGGAAGCAGUACGUGAACGCGUGCCACGAGCACAACAAGGCAACGAUAAAGGCACUCAAGCAGCAGAUCGCCGACAAGGUGAAGGCCAUCGAGCAGGGCGAUUUGUCAUUUGACCGGUGCUACGAUGAGCUGUCAAAAAUGCACCUAAAGUGCAACGAACUGUCAGCCAUAGAACUGUCGACGCUUCGUUAA